AUGGACAACCCCGAACUAUGUGAUCGAAACUUUCCAUGCAGUAAUUGCAGAGCUCGCAGACUCCCCUGCGUAUCAGCUGCAGGUCAACCAGACGUCCCAAGUUCCCAGCCGAUCCAUUCUUUCUCGGCAGGUUCAUCAAGUCAAGGGAUUGAGGAGUUGAACGCCCGCCUGAAAAGGUUAGAGGAACUUCUAGAAAAAAAUAUCAAUGUAUCGGGAAGUUCGAAAGAUACCGCAUCUGUCUCAACACAAGAAACGCCUGCAAAAGAUGCUCAAAUCACAAAUACAGUCUCGUGGUUAGAAUCUGAUGCUUUCGAGCACCGGGGCCUCCAUGAGUCAACAAACAAUAAUCUUCUCUGUUACGAUGAUGAAAUCACACAAACUUUCGCUGCUUCCUUUUUAGGUACGUCGGCCACUACUGUACGAACAGGUGUCGACGCACAAAGUUUACGUUCGCUUCCGUCUAGGAAGCAUGCGAGAGUUCUUUUUGACUAUUUCAUCGAUAAUAUCGUUUGGAUCUACCACAUAAUUCAUAUACCAACUCUCGAGUCUCAUCUGAACGGAUUAUAUGAUGAUCUUGACCAGAACUUACAGCCUCAAAGCGAUCAUGUUGCUCUUCUCUCUGCAGUCUUUGCAUUGAGUGUAUAUUUUCAAGGCGCUGAGCCUCUAUCAGAAACUCGUCGUUGGACUUUGUUGGCUCAAAAAGCACUGUGCGCUGCUAAUUUUAUCGGAAAGCCCACAGUGGAGUCAAUACAAGCAGUACUGUUGAUAGCUCAACAUCUUUUGCCUAAUAUUGGAGGCAUUGCUACUUUCCGAGUCCUGUUUACUACGGCAAUGCAUUCAGCACGUUCACUUGGAUUCGAUCAACUUGAUUCUACCCAAAGCAAGAAGCGGAGACUUGGGAAAGAAUUGAAUUAUGUUGAACUCGAAACUAAACGCAGGAUCUGGUGGCAUAUUUAUAGGAUCAUGUCUUUCAUGAGUGGUCCGCAAAGCGGCACAUAUAUGAUUCACCCACAACAGAUGAAAUGCGAUUAUCCAAGCAAUGUCAAUGAUGUUGACAUUGGUCCUCCAGGAGACUAUAAGCAACCUACAUAUAUGGAAACUGACAUGACAUACUCUACAUUCAGGUAUCAGCUCUCGAUAAUUUGUCGGGAAAUUGUCGACGCGAUGCAAGACCUUAGCUGUGAGAUACAUGAGCUGCCCUACGAAACGGUAUUGAAUUUUGAUAGGAAGCUGAUUAGCAUGGUUUCUGAAAUUCCUCCGGCUUUUCGCAUGGAUGCUAAAAGUCGAGCCCAACACAAAAAUUUAGAUGCAAAACACCCUUUCUUGGCAGUACAAAGGACUGCUGGACAUUUUGGGGUUCAGACCAGAUUCACACGAAUUCAUCGGCCUUACCUUGCGCGAGGUGCCCAUGACCCACGAUUCUCUUACAGUCGAAUGGUUUGCCUUCGAUCUGCUCGCUCAGUAAUUGAACUGGGAACAGAGCUUACUGACUGGGGCAAGAAGCAAAAUUUCCAGCCAUUCAGGAUGUGGACAGUAACGCAUCACAUUUUUGUGGCUACUGUCAUAUUAGUAAUGGACUUCUGCUUGAACAAAGAUGAUCCACGGUCAGAGGAAAGGAAAGCUGAGAUAAUGGAUGCGUUUAAAAUGCUUGAGAGUUGUCAAGAAACCAGUACCAUAGCGAGGAGAGGUCUUGAACAACUUCGAGAUAUUCUACGAAGGGGGGCAUCAUCUACUGAAGAAGCUUUAGCCGAAGUACAGAAUCACAGAGAUGCGGCCCGCGAUGCAUCAAGCUCUAUAAAUUCAUCCAAGCAACGUCAUUCGGAGUUCCGAAUGCCAGAACCAAUGGCUCCUUUCCCUGGCCUUAAUAUCAAUGACCCAUGUUCAAGAGUAGAUUGGGAGAAUGUCGACUUCGAUACUAUCGAAGAUAUCAAUUUUGAUACCGAUUUCUCAGCUAGUGACUUCGAAGCACUUUUUCACAACGAAAUGGCACCGCAAUGUGGUUAA